CAUUAUGUUCUGUGAAAAUGUUCAUUCCGAUGGCAUUGCAACGGCUGUGAUUGUCCUUAGAUGUAUGUCCAAUGCUACUACCCGAAGCUGUAGUCGAACGAUGUGAACUCCCACCCACAGAUGCUGGUGUGGCUGACGAUUUGAUGCGGGAGCCACGCAAGGUGGAACCAGCAGCUAGUGCAUUUACACUGCCAACACUAAUGCCGUGAGACGACGACAAGCCGACUGGGCUGCCACUACUUGGCACACCAAUACAACUGGCCGUGCCGCCAUGGCCACCGCCGCUGGAAUGUGAACCGCGCUCCUUUCCCUGCUGUGCGCCCAUAUUGCCAACUUAGUAACUAUAUCGAGGAAAGAUUAUACGCUUUAAGCUUGACUUCGAGCUUUAGUGGUCAAACACUUUAGUUCAGUUUCAGAUGAAUGAAACGACGUAGCUCAAGGUUUUGCCCAAUUAGGUGGGCGUGUGCACAAGACCCAAUAAUAUUGGCUUCCGAACCCGAAAUUCGUGACGAUUCCGGCCAACCGCAGACGGAAGUGCGGCGCUUUUUCCAAUUUCCUUUACACGUUUAUAACUUCCGGCAUUUAUAUAAAACGAUUGUAUAUUUAUUCUUUUAUCUUACAUACAUUUUUUGUUUUACAUUAUGUAUACAAAUUGCCCUUUAAUAUAAAGAUUUCUUACACAUUUUGAUUAUACACUCACUUUCCACUACUCUACGCUUUUUUCAAUUCGCCUUUUCUACGUUACUUCGCACUUUGUAGUAGACAUAAAAUGCCUAUAAAAGGGAAGUUGCAAUUAUUUUUCUUCUCUACUUUGUGGAACUCUCCAUUUAUCGGCAAAUAUUUAUUUUAUACCCUUUUUUAAAAAAUAAACAUUUCUGAUUAGACAAGUUUACACCGAUUUUUAUGGGUAUAUUUAUAUUUUUCUUUAGCCAUUUAGAUUAUAUACAAAAAUUCUGUCGUUAUCGGCGGCGACGCGUAUAAGAAAAACACGCCCUACCUAUAUGCAAGUGCAACUUGUCUGCACCCAACCUCUUUAUAACACCAGAUUUAUUGCUAUGUAGCAAAAUUUUGACUUUGAAUUAUAGAGGCCUUUCAAAGACUUUAAAACUUAAAGGUAUUUUUUCACUACUAUAAUUUUCAUGUAAUAUAAAUUUUACUUCGCUGUAGGUUUUUGUAUCUUUUAUGUUUGCACAGGCCAACAAAAUCAUUUGUGGACAAAAUUUUUUAUAUGGCAAACAUUUGCUUAUUGUUAUGCACUUGCACUUCAAUCUAUGUGCGACUGCACUGCAUGGGAACAAUCCCGCACAAUCCGAGAAAAACGCGCUUUAAGUAGCAAAAAAAUUUGCCUUUAAAAGUUACUCACUUUUUUCAAUUCCAAUAGAAUUUAUAAUGUUUGAUUGAGGUUUCAAAAAAUCAAAUAUGCAGCGAUUAUUAAAUUCGUCUGCAUCAACUCGUCGUUCUUCGUCGUUUGAGACAAUUUUCCAAUUUCACUUUGUCCAAUUGUUUCGUUUUACAGUGCAUUCGAAGAUACAUCACAAAUGUUAUAUACUUAUCUCUCUCUCUUUCAAACGAAUGUCAGCGAAACAAACCGCAAAAACUCACGGUUGAUUUGGAAAGAUUUAAUAAAACAGAUAUUUUAUAUAGUUUACAAAAAAAUUUACAAACAACCAACAAAUAUCAAAGUUGUAUUAAAACACAACAGACAAUUACAGACUACAUUAAUUUUUUUCAUUAAAACCAUACAUUUCGAAUUUUUUAUUCCAUUAUACAAAUAAUUCAAAGAUAAUUUGAUUCGGUUACUUUUAGAUCAAAUGUCACUCGACCACAUGCACUUAAUCGUACUUUGACCUGGCAAUAUCGAAACGAAAAAUCACACUAAAUAAACUGUCAAACGAAAACGUAGGUAAAGUUCGUCACAAUUUAUUCGGAUUUUUCUGGAAUCGAAAAAUACUUUGCUAAUAGAAAGUUUUGAACUAAAUCUAUAUAAACAAUUUGUUAUUUUCUAUUAAAAGUAAUAUUUGGAAAGAAAAAAUUCAAGUAGAUAUUUCGACACAUAUCUCAAUUUAUAGGAGCUUUAAGUUUGAAGAAAGCAAUCGAUUUUACUUAACGUUGUAAUAGAAACAAAAGAAGAUGUCUGAUUGGGACACAGUUACUGUUCUGCGCAAGAAGGCGCCCAAGGGUAGUGCGGCUAAAUCAGAAACAGUGGUUAAUCAUGCCAGACGACAAGGAGUACCCGUGGAAACAACACAAAAAUAUGGUGCUGGCACCAACAAACAACAUAUAACCACAAAAAACACUGCCAAACUGGAUCGUGAGACUGAAGAGUUAAAACAUGAUAAAAUUCCAUUAGACGUUGGCAAAUUGAUAAUGCAGGGUCGUCAGUCGAAAGGUCUUAGUCAGAAGGAUUUGGCUACUAAAAUUUGUGAAAAACAACAGGUCGUCACGGAUUAUGAAGCAGGCCGAGGCAUUCCUAAUAACUUAAUUCUGGGCAAGAUUGAACGUGUGAUUGGCAUAAAAUUACGUGGAAAAGAACGCGGCCAACCGCUACAGCCUCCCGCAGCAACAGCAUGAGCAACCCUAUAACACCAAUACAAACCAGAGUAGAGCAGAAUAAAUAACAAAAUGGAAACUGUAAACAUGAAUUGUUCAUAAAAUUUAUAUGCAACUACACAUAAAUUUUGAGCUAAUACAACUACAUAUUGAACAACACAAAUUUUUAGCAAAAUAUCAAGUUUAUGAAAUGAUAAUGAAUAUUUAUUAAAACAAUAUAAAGAUUUUUACAAAAAACUGCAAUCAUGCUCAAAACUUAAAUGUAGUUUAUAAACUAUGCUGGAUAUUACAACUCAUCUACAUACAUACAUCCGUCGUUAAUUAUAUGGUAGUAUUUCUUACUAUUACGUAGUAAUGAAAUUUAAAACUGACCUUGAAUGAUGUUAUCAAAGAAUUUUAUUAAUAAAAUGAUAUUUAAGGUCUCGAAGUGAUUUCUACGAAAUUCGGAAAAUAUGGACAUGUUAAGAUUUGUAUUCAAUAUACAUAAAUAUUGUAGUUUUUAUUUUAGAUGUAUGCUUCAUAUAAAUAUAUGUAUACACAAAGUUCAAGCACCACAAUUUUGCAAUUUCCUUUCUGUUUAGUUGUCCACAUGGUAGCAGAAACAUAAUUUUUUAUACUGAGGUAUUCACUGCCGCCACAAGCUGUUUUUUCUUAGUUUGCUGGGAAUGACGACUCAGUGGACUGUGGAGUAUUAACAUAGAAUAGCUAUACUCUAUGCCAAUUUCCAACAUUCACGAACGUGCGAAGGCAAUUCUGAUUUAUAAAACUCCACUGGACUGACAAGUUUACCAUCGCAAUUAUGGUACACGUAGUUAUAAAACGCGUCCAGAAAACUAGCAAUUAGUCCUAUUUGCUUAACCUUUUUUAAAAAAUCUUCUAAUACCAUGAAGUGAUAUGUUUUUACAUAUCGAUGGUUCUAACUGUUACGACCUUCCCAAUUAUACUUUUUUGCAAUCUACUCCACUGCAGUAAGGUUAUGUGGCUCCUAAUAAUCCAAUAUCUAGAUUUUCACCCACUUAACAUUACAAAUAUGUGCAACAUGUAAUAAUCGGUGCGCUACACAGAUAUAGAUUACAACAAUAACCAAAAAUAUUAAACUUAAUUCUUCCUUAUGUAAGUAUACCAAACGAUGGUCAAUAUAAAAAAUUAAUUGAUUAAAUAUAUUGUAUAUGAAUGUAGUAAUUUGUAUACCCGUAAUAAUAUACCUACGCGAUGAGCAAUAAUUGUAUAAUAGAUGUUUUAUGGUUUAAAUCCAAAUCCAAGAAAUAAAGUAAAAUUGAAUGAGAAA